AUGGACGAAGAGGCAGGAGAAGAGCGGAAUCAAAGUCAGGACGUUCGAAGAAGAAGACUAGAUCUCAGCGCGACGCGACAGCCAGUGUUUCGCCCUCCCUCUCCAGAAGAAAGUCGCAGUCGAAAGCGUAGCCCAAGCCCUGUGCGACGGCAAACACAGUCUUUGAGGGAUACAGGACGACCACGCGUAGUCAUCGAGACUGGUAACAUACGUGCGGAGGAGGAUACUAUGGCUCGCAAACUCUGGCAACGGCUUCGCGAGGCCGCGAACAAGGCCGUCGUCCCUACGAUGCUGCAGGAACGUAUGGAGGGUGAUACGACCUACAGCGGCUCGUUCGAUGCACCGUUCAUUUCACAGGUCACGGACACCAUGCACCUUCCCAAUGACGCAUCAUCGAUCCGGUUUUUAGAGCGAAUUCGGCAUAUUCUUCGGACUGCGCAUGCAUGCGACUUGUACCAAAAGGACGAGAAUGCUUGGAGUGAAGUCGUUCGUCUCGUUCUCCGCACAGCCGUUUGGGAUCUUGCGGUUGACCACGAAGAGCGGCAUCCCGCGGAUCUUGAGAUCACGGAUAUUCAAUCUCAAACCAUCGACCGACAGUACCUAACCAAUAUGAGGCCGACACAGGUGACAGUAGAGAAAGUCGACGAAGUCUUCGAGUAUCUUGGAGACUAUAGCGUCUUGGUAUGUAAGCAACACUGCUAUGCGGUCCGCGCACUCGAGGAUCAUCUCAAACGACUACAUCGCACAUCGGUGAGUGAUCGCAAAGCAAUAGUAGCAUACUUCAUCGACUUCCCGCUACUUCCGCCCGCUCAAGUGUUGCUGCCGCCGCCGCUUGAGCCGCCGUUUAACUGUCUAGGACCGCCGAAGAGGGCAUACAUUUGCGACGAAGAAGAAUGCGAGGAGCUCAGCGUGAACCGUGACGUGAUCCGUAUACAUUGCAACCGAGUGCACGACUGGAGGUCGACACCCGAGCAGCGAACAUACUGGCACGAACAGUGGGUACAGACAUUCUUCAAUGCUGCAGGACUACAACGAUAUUUCACCGUUAACUACGAAGGAUCGCACAGUUUGCGGCAGAUAGGCGGUCGAGUCGUACUGGUCGAUCCGGAGGACAACCGCUUCGGUAGCAUUCUCGACGAGUGGGAUCGAGAUCUAGAAAAGCAGAAGAAGGCGCUCGAGAUCGCCGAUAGGGAAAUAGCGAAGACGGAUCACACUCUGUGGUUCAAGCGGAACGAGUGGCCGGAGCAUCUCGCUCGUUGCAAUCUCCGGCAUCUUAGCCGUAUUAGUCGCUUGCCCGACAAAGAGGAGCGCGUGCUGCAGCGAGCGGUUGAGUUAAACGUCGCUGUGAUCGAAACGUGUGUCGCUGGACUCGGAUCGUUAGACCGGGAGACUCGGCGCUGGCUGCGGAGUGCGAAACUAUCCGAGAUCGAUCAACGACCGCUAGCGAGACUACAGAACCCGGAGAGUCAGCGGACGUAUGCGACGUACUUCUCCCGUCUACUCUGCUACAGUCUACGAGUGCUGCAGAGUAUAAGAGACAAAGAAGGGCGCAAGGACGCGUGCGAUAGUCCCGGCGAGUCUGAUAGCAGCAGCAGCAGCAGCAGCGACAGCGACAGUAAGGAUGAGGGGCACGGAUGCGAGACAGCCGUCGAUGUCUUCGAAGAUGCUCGCCGGCUCUACCCGUGGCAGGGACGGCAGCAGGAGCUGCUCGGGAUCGUGCAGCAGAGCAUCGAGCGUGGCUGGGACGACAAGGCUCAGAUGAAGGCACUGCGCGAGUGGUACGCAUCGCUCAUCUUUUAG